AUGACAUGUCAGGGAGUUAGCUUAAUUAACAAUGGCCAAAACCAUCAUUCGACAUCUAAUCCCAUCGAAUAUAACGAUUAUAGAAACAAUUAUAAAAUCUUUUGCGAGGAAAAUGAGAUGCCCUUAGAUUUGUCGAUGAAAAGAGCCGACAUUAUCUUGGGUACUUACCCAAACUUGCCCCAUUCCAAUUCUACUAUAACAACGCACUCUCUUUAUUAUCCUAAAUAUUCGGAAAAAUUAUCUUCUACAGGAUUUAGGACACCCAUAAACAAUUAUUUAUUAGAUUCGAUCUUAUCCCCUAUCGAUACCAAUGAUAUUGUUCAUCUUCCAAAAAGUUAUCUUAAUUCAAACUACUCUAAUAAGGAUGAAGAAAUUAUCCCCUCGGCUAACGAGGAGGACGUUCACAAGUUAUUCAUCCAAAGAAAUCAUGGCUCGGAAGAACUCGAAACCAUUAAACCCCGACUGCGAUACACUGAUAUCAAACUACCACUCCAUCAAGGCCCUUUUAUGGGUAAAAAUGGGCCAGGGGGAGGUAUGCUGCUACAUUCUAACCAGGGCAUUCCUUUACCACCUUCUCCUUAUUAUUAUUACAGUGAAGAAGGUUCUCUUCUUUUAUCCUCCCUUUUUUCCCCCCUUUCCGUUCCACCUCCAUCGAAUAAACCUGUGUCACCACCGGGAAAUAAGAAUCCGAAUCAAGAUCCUAAUUAUCAAAACUUUUCUUGCCAUAAAGAUCACGGGUCGAGAGAAUCGAUGUACACUAGGAAGGAAGAUGUUACGGGCGAUAAUGACAAAAAUCAAUAUUCCGAAAUCUCGCAAAAUGAAGGAAAUGCGCUUUCUCACUCUCGAUUAAAAUAUACCACUCAUAUAAAUCAUUUUACACCGUUUUCGCCAAAUUUCCCAUUCUCACCUCUUCCAAUCGACCUUGAAUCGAUUCAAUACGAUGAUAAAAGACUUGAUUCUAACCACACUCAAAAACAAUCACAUCAACCAGAUGCCGCUAUUAAAAAUGAUUUGUCACCCCACAGCCCUUUUAUAGCACCUUCCCCUUACCAAAGAUACCUUUUAUCCAUGAAAUUUAAAUCAGAAGAAGAAAAGAAAUGCUCGAAUAAUUCAAUCGGUUCGACUUCGCAGAACCGGCGAGCUAGGAAUUCUAGCAGCAAUAACCUUUCUAAUGUAACUUCUACGAUCACUUCACGUUCUACUAUGUCUACCUCGAUGAACCCUAGAAACUUCAACUCUUAUAAACAGAAAAAUUUCAAUUGUUUAAAUGAUCUAAACUACUCCGACAAUAGAAAUGAGGACACGGGGUUUAAUCGAUUAUCGGAUGAUAAAAUCCCUAAUAAUAGUAUUAUUUUAAAUCGCUCAAAUAAUAAUUUAAAUAUAGUUAAUGUUAAUAGAGCUGCUCAUUACCCUUGUUUCCCAUAUCAAAAAUCUUUCCACUAUUUUUAUCCCAAUACGAACCCACCUUUUUACGUUUUAACGCCACCAAGCCCACCAUCUUCAUCUCCAUCCCCUAGUCCCCCACUCUCGACAUCUCUCCAAAAACUUUCGAAUGACGAAAACAUUCAUCGUAGAUUAUUAUCUCCCGAUUCAACCUUUAUCAUCGGUAUAUCUAACGAUCGCGCCAUUACUAAUAACUCAAAUGACAAAAAUGACUCGAAUAUGGGCAACAAUGGUUUCACGUCCUCAAAGUAUAGAAUCAUGUGCAAGAAAAAAGUUUCCAAAGGUUCAACUUCGCUGGGAGUCGUAUUAGAUCAUACCGGUUCGGGCGAUUAUAGUGAUCAGAAGAAUGGUGAUGGUAUUAGCAAUAAAGACAUAAACGUUGGUGCCAAACAAAAAUUUUAUGAAUGCGAAGGAAAUUUAAAGAAUUCCCAAAAUUUUAUGAACGAGAAUGAUGGUAAAUCGACUAAGAGACAUUAUAGCGAAAGUAAAAGCCAAGAUAGCCUUGACAAAUCUACCACUUCAUCACAAUAUCGCAGCAAUAACAAAUUCAGCGAAACUUCCGCCUCCUCUUCUGACUUACUAACGCGAAACCCGAAUAAAUUUCUCGACGAUAAUAAAUCACGGGGCCAACAAAGAAUCACCAGUGAUAUAAUCAGGGAAUAUUUGAUCAAAAAACAUGAUCAAACCAUCAUAAUAUUGCAUGCCAAAGUAGCCCAGAAAUCUUACGGUUCCGAAAAAAGAUUCUUUUGCCCCCCACCCUGCGUGUAUCUUUUUGGCAAAGGUUGGGACGACAAGCUCAUGGGUCUUGAGUUUGAUUUCAAACAACCCAUCAAGUACAAUCGUAAACUGGCCAAAAGACAGAUUUGCGCUUUUAUGGGCAUAGCUAAUUCGGACCAAGAAACCCAAAUUCUUUAUUUCGAAGGCAAGCGUUACUGCGCGGCUAAGACGUUGUUUAUAUCGGAUAGUGAUAAGAGAAAACAUUUUUACCUCAAUCUCAAAAUGUUCUAUUCCGAUCAAAAAGAUCUCGGCGUUUUUCCUAGUCAAAAAAUCAAAGUUAUUUCCAAACCAUCCAAAAAGAAACAAUCCUUCAAAUACAGCGAUCUUUGCAUAGCCUCUGGCUCUCACAUAGCUUUAUUCAACAGACUCAGGUCCCAAACCGUUAGCACCCGCUAUUUGCACGUUGAAAAUGGAAAUUUUCACGCUAGUUCAACUCACUGGGGUGCUUUCACCAUUCAUUUAUUGGAUGAUGACGAAUCCGAAAACGAAGAAUUUUAUGUGCAAGAAGGCUAUAUUCAUUACGGGUCCACCAUCAAAUUGGUUUGCUCUAUAACGGGCAUGGCUCUGCCACGCUUAAUCAUCAGGAAAGUAGACAAGCAAAUAGUUUAUACAAAUGCAAUGGACGCCGUUUCUCAGCUCCACAAAUGUGCCUUCUACCUUAAAGACACUGAUCGCAUGUACCUAUGCCUUAACCAAGAAAAAAUUAUUCAAUAUCAAGCCGUUCCAUGCAAGGAAGACCCCUUGAACAAGGAAACUAUAUCGGAUGGGGCAUCAUGGACCAUCAUAAGCACUGACAGAAGUGAGUACACUUUUUGCGAGGCUCUGCCAAAUAUAACUGACCAAGUCACCCCUGUACCUAUCGUCCAGAGCUUGGAAGUAAAUGGAGCUGAAGAUAACACAUUAGCCGAAUUGAAGGGUGAAAAUUUCACUACCAAAAUGACAGUAUGGUUAGGUGAUGUCGAAGCGGAGACUAUUUUUAGAUGUUCUGAAUGCCUCAUGUUCGUAGUACCUGACCUUAAUCGCUUCAAAGAUUCUUUAGAAAGCUCGAGUCAUUUGACCAACAUCAUUCCCUCCAUAUCAUUAUUUGAUACCAAAAAUAACUCCAUUCCUUCCAUAUCAUUAUCUGAUACCAAAAAUAACUCCAAUACUAACUCCAACAAAAACACAAUUUUGAAUAGUGAUAAAAAGUUUGAAAAUAUGGCAAAUAUCGUUUCGCCUUCCAUUGAGGUAUAUACUGUGCCAAUCACUUUAACUCGAGAAGAUGGGGUUAUCUAUCCCACAAAAUUAAGGUUUACCGUUAAACCUCAAUCAUAUAUAAAGGAAACAUUUUUUGAAUUUGAUGAAAACAACCCUUACAAUAAUAAUAAUAAUAAACGUAUAAAAUGCGAUAAACAUUAA